CAAAAAUAUCAUAAUCCUUACAAGAAUUUGUUUAUUUAUCUUGUUCAAACUCUUUGUUUAGCCACUGUGUGGUGCUUUCUCUACAGCUUAUCGAUGGACACAACCUGCAAACAAAGUGCUUUAGGAACCAUACUCCUCCUCUUCCUGUUGUGGUGCCUCCCCUGCCUUUCCAUAGCAGAUGUUAUCUAUCAUCCUCUUGAUCUCUUCUCAAUCAGCUGUGGCUCUUCUACCAACUUCUCCACGCUUGAUACUCGGAAUUGGACUGCAGACAUCAAUUUCCUCUCUCAAACCCAUCACUCAGUAGCUGCUCGUUCACUCACACCAACUACCAUCCAGGGUCCCUACACCGAUGCUCGUCUCUCUCACUCCCCAUUCACUUACUUAUUCCCUCUCACACCAGGCCCCAAGUUCAUUCGUUUCUUCUUCUACUCAACUUCAUACCAAAACUUUCCUCGCUCCCAAGCCUCUUUCUCAGUCCAAGCAGGCCCCUAUACCCUCCUUCAACAUUUCAAUUCUUCCCUCAACGCCGAUGCCGAUGAUAACCCUAGAUACCCUGACAUCUUGCUCAGAGAGUAUUGCAUCAACCCCCAAGAUGGUGAGAACCUCAACAUAACCUUCAUUCCAAGCACCACAGCCCAGCAUCCAGAUUCCUACGCUUUCAUCAAUGGAAUCGAGAUUGUUUCAAUGCCCUUUUAUCUCUAUUACACCAAUCCUGACGUGGAAAUCGAUGAAUUGCCCAUACCUGCUGACAUCAGGCACCCAUUCCCCAUUGAAAACAGCUUUGCGCUGGAGACAGUGCACAGGUUGAGAGUUGGGGACAAAGAUAUUCCACCCGCAGAAGACACGGGUAUGCUCAGGCACUGGGAUCUUGAUAAAGAUUAUGUAACUAGUCCAAGUGUAGAAUCUCUUGAUAUUGACACUAAAACUAAGCUGAACUUCACUGAGAAGACUCCUAACUACACGGCACCAAACGAACUGUACCGAUCUUUAAGAAAUAUGGGGUUCGAUGGCCCUGCCAACAUGCGGUUCAACCUCACAUGGCAGCUUCCGGUUGAUUUGGGUUUCACCUACUUGCUAAGGUUACACUUUUGCCAGCUUGACCCAGAGAUUCAUAGUCCUGGUGACCUCACCUUCUACAUCUACAUUCAGGAUCGGUGCGUUGAAGAGUGGGCUGACGUCCUCAAAUGGAGCGGUGAACAGAAGGGUGUACCAGUGGUUAGAGACUACACAGUUUUCGUGCCUCUCAAUCAGGACAAAGCAAAUCUUUCACUUAAAAUGCAUCCUAAACCUCAAAGCAAGACCUGGGACGCACAAAUAAAUGCAAUUGAGCUCUUCAAAAUCAACGACUCAUCCGCUAAUCUCGCUGGACCAAAUCCAUCCCCUUCUCCAAAAAUCUCCGGGGUUCCUAUUCAAAUUUCAAAUAAAAAAAGCAGAGGCACCAAGAGACCCCUAGUUCCCGCUGUCGCCGGUGCAGUUUCUGCUGUCGUUUUACUCUCCUUUAUAGUUGCUUUCUUCGUCAUCAAACGCAGGCGUAGCGUUGCCAUCGACAAGGGUUCCAACAAGAAAGACGGAACUUCUCGCGGGGGUGGCUCAUCAUCUCUACCAACCAACCUCUGCCGUCACUUCUCAAUCGCAGAUAUUAAGGCCGCCACAAACAACUUCGACGAACUCUUCAUCGUUGGAGUGGGAGGCUUUGGCAACGUUUAUAAAGGCUACAUCGACGGUUCAACACCUGUGGCAAUCAAAAGGCUCAAACCGGGAUCUCAGCAAGGUCUCGACGAGUUCAUGAACGAGAUCGAAAUGCUCUCUCAACUUCGUCAUCUCCAUCUUGUUUCCCUUAUCGGUUACUGCUACGAGAGCAACGAAAUGAUACUUGUUUACGAUUUCAUGGAUCGUGGAACCCUCCGUGAUCAUCUCUACGGAACCGAUAACCCUCCGCUCUCAUGGAAUCGAAGACUUCAAAUAUGCGUAGGUGCUGCACGAGGACUGCAUUAUCUGCACACGGGUGCGAAACAGAUGAUCAUUCACCGCGACGUGAAGAGCACAAACAUCUUGUUGGAUGAAAAAUGGGUAGCGAAGGUUUCAGACUUCGGGUUAUCAAGAAUUGGGCCCACAGGUUCUUCGAUGACCCAUGUGAGCACUCAGGUGAAGGGCAGUAUAGGGUAUUUAGACCCGGAGUAUUACAAACGGCAGCGUUUGACGGAGAAGUCGGACGUGUACUCGUAUGGGGUGGUGCUCUUGGAGGUAUUGUGUGGGAGGCAGCCUUUGCUCCGAAUGGUGGAGAAGCAACAGGUGUCCCUUGUGGAUUGGGCGAAGCAUCGGUAUCAAAAGGGAUCUCUAGGUGAGAUUGUGGAUCCAGCUCUGAAGGGCCAGAUAGCACCUCAAAGUAUGCGCAAAUUUGGUGAGGUUGCGUUGAGCUGUUUGCUUGAGGAUGCGACUCAGCGACCUUCCAUGAACGACGUCGUUGGGGUGUUGGAGUUUGUUCUACAGCUUCAGCUUCAGGACAGUGCCCAUGUCAAUGCUGUGUUGGAAAGUGGUGGGGAUUAUGAAGACAGCGGUACUGAGAACAUGUUUAGCAGUACACAUAGCAGUGUGCAUGUUUCGGAAUAUAGUAACAGCAGUGGACUGAUCACUACAAGCUACGGGAGUAAGGAUUCUGACAGGUUGAUCCCAGAUCCUGUUUUCUCCGAGAUUAAGGAUCCGAAGGGACGCUGAUCGAGUUACUUGUUCAAGUUCAGGUGGGGUUUGGUAUUUUACAUAAGAAAAAGGGUUGCAAUGUUAUACGUAAUUGGUUCUAAUUAUACUUACAUAUACUUCCAUGCACUUAAUGUUCGGAAUAAUGGAAGUUUGAGUUCUUCGUUA